AUGUUGCUCGAGUCGGGCGCCAAUGUUAAUGCUCCCAGAUGUGAUGGUUGUGGAAGAACCGCACUCCAGAAAGCCGCUGAACGGGGACAUAUCCAGAUCAUCGAGACUUUGGUUGAGUAUGGAGCUGACGUCAAUGCACCGCCGAGCAGGAAGUAUGGGCUUACAGCUCUACAAGCUGCAGCGACUACACACAUUGAAGAAACCUUUCCAUUGCUGAUACAUACAAGUGUUGAAGUCAAUGCUCCACCCAGAGCUGACGGCGAAAGGACAGCUAUCCAGGCCGCAGCAGACUAUCCUCCUCGUGGCGGGGCGGACGUCAAUGGUCCUAUCAGUCCCAAAAACGGGACAACUGCGCUUCAUGAAGCGGUGAUAUGCGGUCCGUACAGGAUGGUUCUGCUACUUUUAGACGCAGGAGCACAUUUGGAUGCUCUGGAUACUAGGGAGGAGACAACCACACCACUAAUGUGCGCCGUCGAGUUCGAUAGGCCAGAGAUGGUCCAAAUCAUUUUAGACGCAAACGCAGACGUGAAUUUGCGAACUUCCAAAACGGAACUUCAAUUCGCAGUAGAGAAUCAGAACCUUCAUAUCAUACAGAAGCUUUUUCUCGUAGGUGCAGAUGCCAACAAUAGUGCUGAAAACUCAACCACUCCACUCCAGGAAUUCUCAAUGCGACACCCGGACUCAUUCAGGAUCUUUCAUCAGCAUCUGAUCGACGAUCACGCGACGUUCAGGUCUCUAGCUUGUGAAUUUGUUGGUAGUCCCAGCUUAUUGACCUACCCGCCCUGCACUGGAAUUCAAGCAUUCCAAGUCCGACUGGUGGAUACACUUAUCGAGGCUGGCGCUGACGUGAAUGCUCCCCCGAGUUCAAAAGGCGGCAGGACAGCUCUUCAGGCCAGUGCUGAAAGAGGAGAUGUCAGGAUGGUAGAGCAUUUACUUUCCAAAGGCGCUGAUAUCGAUGCUUCCCCUGCGGAAGUUGCGGGAAGAACGGCCCUGCAGGCGGCGGUAGCAGAAGGAAGUGCCAACUUGGUUAGGCUUCUCCUCGAGAAUGGCGCUGAUGUCAAUGCGGUACCUAGUGAAAAAGGUGGACAAAGUGCUCUAGCAGCUGUCUAUGGAACGAAAUGA